UAUAUAAAAUACGGUAAACCUAAGAAGAAUGAUAUGCGUCACGAAGUUGUAAGUAAUGAAUGCACGGAGUACCAAAAAAGCCCAUGAUUACGCAGAGAUAAAUUAAUGGAGGAAGAAACAUAGAAUUAUCGAUGAUUUCCGAUUUGAACAGCAUUAAAGAGUUGACUGACUGCCUUCCUAUCUGAACUGAUAAAAUCAUUGAAAAUCCCUCCCCACCCACAUCAUAUGUUAUGCUCACAUCUUUUUCUUAGCUUUUUCUUCAGUUACCACUUUUGCUGCUACUAAUCCUUACCAAUCAGUCUUCUCAUUCUUCCAUUCCAUUAUAAUAUGUAAUCCAUGAACAAGAUCCUCCUCAUCCUUCAUGGCCUGUAAUUCCUUCCUUUGCUGGAUCAUUGAAUGCGAGAUCUUCUCUUGUACUCCUCCUCCACAACCACAGUGAUUGCUUUUGUAUUGAUUUGAGAGCCUUUGCAUAUGGGUUGUUUCUGAUAUUCCAUUCUAUUCGCCUCAUUGUCCGCUAUACUUGUUGACUUCAAUUCCAAAUCAUUUGCAUCCGCACUAAUAUAUAUCCUCCUUAUCAUCAAUCUCCAGGUCAUUUUCAGCUAUGAUUGAGUAGUUUUUCCAAUCUCAACUGCAUCCUAUUCGCUCGCUACUAUUUCUGGGAAAAGAAAGACCAAAGAAAGAGACCCAGUUGGGCCUUCUCCAGAUCUAAAAGGACUUCAGCUUCAGAGCAUCCUGAAAAUUCCUAAUUGAGGGAUUUUGAAGCUUUUUUGGGGGCUUCUGUUUGCAGAUCAAUUGAUGCUAUUUUGGGCAUAGACAAAAAAAUUGCAGAGAUGGGUAUUGGGAAAAGAAAGGCAGAGUCUGAUUCCUUUGACAGUGAGGACAUUGGUUUCCCAUCUUUGAAGCCUGUAUUGACAGUAUGUCCCAAGGAGCAGCCAGUUAUUUGCAGUAAGAUAGGUGAAGAAGAUUGUUUUAAUGGAGGCUGUGAGACACCCAAGUGUCAGGAGAACAAGAUACCGGAAUGCCUAGAAUGUCCUCCUGCACCGAGAAAACCCAAGCCUAGAGCUAAGAGGAAGCCUGAAAAAAUUGCAAGGGAUUUUUUCUUUGUGCCUGCUGAUUUGGAUUCAGUGUUCUUCCCAUAUCAGAUUCUCAGGCCAAGGAAGAAAAUUCAGUGGUCUAGCACUACAGAACCUGGAGUUGCCAUAGAGAAAAAAAGAGACAGUCUUCUUUAGCUUUUCUUUUCUUGUCUUGGUUCAAUUUGGUUCUUUUCUUCUAUGGGUGCAAUAUAUUUGCACACUGUAAAAUAUAGUAGGUACCCAUAAGAGCUGCUCAGAUAAGCAAUGGAGAAUAGUUUAAAGAAAGGGUUUCACUGUAGUUCACUGCAUCUGGGAGCCAAUGGAUAUACUUAUACAUAUCCAUGAAAGUUGUUUGGGUUUUAUAUGUACUGGUUUGUUUGACAAGUUUGCUUAUAUGCAGUUUGCUGAACAUUAUAUAUGAAUAUGAUCUUUUACAGUCCAUGGGCAGCCAUUGAUCUCGGUCUCCUCUUAUUGAAAAUCUAUAUGUAACAGAGAUUUGUGAAGGAUAUCUGAACAAAAAAUUAUUUUAUGGUUU